AUGUCGGGAGUUUGGGUGUUCGAGGACGGGAUCGUGCGGCGUGCGGACAGCGACCCACCCAGCGGCGCCGGCGACGGCGGGUCGCGGCCGAACAAGGUGCUGGUGCACGUGCCCAGCGGGGAGGUUGUGACGUCGUACGAUGUGCUGGAGCGGCGGCUCCGCGAGCUCGGCUGGGAGCGCUACCUUUACGACCCCUGCCUGCUCCAGUUCCACCAGCGCUCCACCGUGCACCUCAUCACCGUGCCCCGCGACUUCGCCCGCCUCAAGCUCGUCCACAUGUACGACGUCGUCGUCAAGACCCGCAACGUCUUCGAGGUACGCGACGCCGCCCCAGCCUGA